UGCAAGAUCCCGAGUUAAAACAAACUCUCAGCGCCCGCCCACAACUUAUUGGCUCUCUUCGGCUUCUUCUAACGGCCGGAUGAGCACAAAUACUCCUAUACGGAACGCGAUCUAAUGUCAUUUAAAACGUGGAAGGCAUGAAUGAAUAUGAAAGUGACCUGAGGAGAAGAAAGCAAGAAGUCAUUUUCACCGAUUGGCUGAGCAGCAUCUUUUCUCAGCAGGGUUUUUUUUUCGGCGUACGUGACGUCACUCACAUCGUCCGUUGACACACUGAAUAUGAGAGCGAAAAUAUCAGUGCACCAAUGUUAUUGUGUUUGUCCUUCACUCUUCUGAAAACACGAUGAGCUGAACGGGGCUUUACUAGAGACUCAAACCAUGAAUUACGUGGGCCAGUUGGCGGGGCAGGUGUUCGUGCAGGUGAAGGAGCUCUACAGAGGUCUGAAUCCCGCCACGCUGUCGGGCUGCAUCGAUGUCAUCGUUAUCCGGCAGCCGGAUGGAGCUCUGAUCUGCUCUCCAUUUCACGUACGCUUCGGAAAGAUGGGCGUUCUGAGAUCACGAGAGAAAGUGGUUGACAUUGAGAUCAAUGGGGAACCUGUGGAUUUACACAUGAAGCUGGGAGAGAACGGAGAAGCUUUCUUUGUUAAGGAGACAGAAGAUGAUCAGGAAGUGAUUCCAUCUUACCUGGCCACAUCUCCCAUUCCGUCCGACGGGGGGCUUCUGAUGGGCUCUAGCAGUGAGAAUGGAUUGAUGAAGAAGAGGAGGAAGAGGAGAAGAAAGUGCAGAGUGGAGGAUGUGAAGAGGGAGGACAGUGUGGAGUUCUCAGAGGAAGAACUGUUCAAUCUCGACAUCAAUGACAGCGAGCAGCCAGAUCAGAACAGAGAUCUGAUGAAUGGAGGUUCAUCUACUGGAAAUAAACAAAACACAAUUCAUGCUCGUUCAGAUGGAGAAUGGAGUCCUGUUCACAGUCCUAAUGUGUCUCGUCCCUGCACCCCUAAAAGUGACUCUGAGCUGCUUUGCAAAGAUCAGCAGGACGAUUCGGCCAUGUUGUGGUCCUGGGGCGAGUUACCACAAGCCGCCAAGCCAUCGUUUCUGUCAGAGAAACCAAACGUCCUUCCUGCGUACAAUCCACUGUCAAUCCCGGUCUCUGACAACACACAUUUCAGAGUCAUCCCUGAGACGGCCGCCCACGGCCUUGACAGAAACAGGACAUUACAUGCUGACAGCCAAUCAAACAGAGCGAAAGAGCAGCAUGUGACAUCAGCUACUUGUGUGAUGUCAGAGGUUGAAGAGGGAGGAGCAAAUAAUGGACCCCGCCCACAAAAUAAAACUGAUUCUCCUUCUAAAAGAAAAGAUAAGAAAAGCCGCCAUCUGGGUUCUGACGGCGUGUAUUUGGAAGAUAUAAAAGAUCUGGAGCCAAAAGUGGCGGCUCUUUAUUUCCCUAAAAGUGGUUCAGAGCGUUGUGGUGAGAACGGUCUCCGCAGCGUGACUGUGUCUCCUCAGUCCAUGUGCAGCUCUGGAGCUGACAGCGGCGUGGACAGUUAUGACCUGCCCUCUAUGGCCAUCUCUCUGUGUGGAGGACUCACAGAAAACCUAGAGAUCACUAAAGAGCAUUUCCAGCAGAAGUCUGUGUCAUUUCAGCAGUUUGCUGAUAAUCCAUCCAUCAUUGAUGACCCUAAUCUGGUGGUGAAGAUCGGCUCGAAGUAUUAUAACUGGAGCACCGCUGCUCCUAUUAUGUUGGCUAUGCAAGCCUUCCAGAAACCACUGCCAAAGGCCACCAUAGAGAGACUGAUGAAGGAGAAGAUGCCCAGAAACCGAGGAAGAUGGUGGUUUUCAUGGCGAGGAAGAGCGAACAGCUCCAAACCGGAUUCAGUCUCAGGAGGUUCAGCAUGUGCUGCCGGAGACGAGACCAUGAAGAACAGGCGGACAGACGAAUCCUCCUCUAGCGAUGAAGACUUAACUGCCAAACAAAGCCCCGUCCCUGUUCACACAGACCCCGCCCCUGCAGGAGGGGGCGUGUCCUAUCAGAAAACGCUCCGCCUGUCUUCAGAACAACUCGUCAGUCUGCAGCUAAAGGACGGUCCUAAUGAUGUGAUGUUUAGUGUGACGACUCAGUAUCAGGGCACGUGUCGCUGUGAGGGAACCAUCUACCUGUGGAACUGGGAUGAUAAAAUCAUCAUAUCAGACAUUGACGGCACAAUCACCAGGUCAGAUAAGCUGGGGCACAUUCUGCCCACGUUGGGUAAAGACUGGACCCAUCAGGGCAUCGCAAGCCUGUAUCACAACAUCAGCCAGAACGGUUAUAAGUUUCUGUACUGCUCGGCGAGGGCGAUCGGCAUGGCUGAUAUGACGCGGGGUUACCUGCACUGGGUCAAUGAGAGAGGAACCAUGUUACCACAGGGACCUGUUUUGCUGAGUCCCAGCAGUUUGUUAUCAGCACUGCACAGGGAGGUGAUUGAGAAGAGGCCGGAGAAGUUUAAGGUGGCGUGUUUGACAGACAUUAAGAAUCUCUUCCUCCCAAACACUGAGCCUUUCUAUGCAGCGUUUGGGAACAGAGACACCGAUGUUUUCUCCUAUAAGGAGGUGGGUGUUUCCUUAAACAGAAUCUUCACUGUGAAUCCGAAAGGAGAACUGAUCCAGGAACAUGCUAAGACCAACAUCUCAUCGUAUGUGCGUCUAGGUGAGGUUGUGGAUCACGUCUUCCCGCUCCUGAAGCGCAGAGGAUCGUGUGAUUUCCCCUGCAGUGACACCUUUAGCCAAUUCACCUUCUGGAGAGAACAGCUCCCCCUUGUGGACGGACAGAUAGUGAACACAACUCGCUGAACCACUGAUCUAAACACAGAAACUGCACAGAAUACAGAAAGACAAGCUGAAAACCAAAACUGAACAUACUCGGUGCAAUUGCAUAAAAAUCACACACAAAACGUGUGGGUCUGGACCUGCAUUUUCCUUCAAAGAAGUCUUCACAUGUCUGUUGUGAUUUAGAUUAUAUUGUUAGAAAUGAGCUCAGAUGUUGGUAUAUUUUUAAUUGUUCAGUUUCGCUUGUGGCGAUCACAAGCUUUUGUGUUGAAAAGCAUCUGUUACUAUAUUAAUGUACUGCAAGUACAAUCCGCCAUUUCAGGAUAGUUACUGUUACAUUGUUGAUGCAAAUGUCAACAAAUCACUUGAAUAAAAAAUGAAUAAUGUUACAUUUCACAUAAUUUACAAUGUCCAGGUCAAUUUCCACCCCAAAAUCAAUAUUUGCAAACUGAAUUUUUUGCACUGUGACAAUGAAACAUUUUCAUUUAUUAUUUUUUUAAAUUACAGUUAGCAUUUUAACACUUUAUUUUCUUUAUGCAAAAUAUGACCCAGACAUUUUUUUUUUUU